GAUACCAGCAACAAAAGACAAGGCUGAGAACCUCGAUCGUGAAAGAUAUGACUUUAUAGUACAUGGAUUAUACCCCUCCAUCCAAAAAUGGCCGAAACUAUGCUGGAAGAUUCUACCGACCCCUGGAAAUACGUUAUCCUUCUGAGUAAAUUUGUGCUUCUCUUCGUUGAUGGCGGGAUCGCCAAGUCUUUUGGAGUCCUCAUCCCCGAUAUCGUCGUCCGGUACGACAGUGACUUCGGGACCGUUGCCUUAGUUUUGAGUCUACCCAGCACGAUGAUGUGCUUUACCGCUCCCAUUGCCAUACUCUUGGUGAAAGUGAUGACGCCGCGGACAAUGGGGAUGAUUGGCGGACUGUUAAGUGCAGUGCCCAUUAUCUGUGCUCCUUUGGCCCAAUCAAUCUACAUCCUCGGGAUGAUGUUGGCUGUAACAGGUUUCGGCAUGGCUCUUACGUUUUUCCCGAUAUUGGUGUACAUCAACGACUACUUCGCUAAGUCGUUCAUCUUCUCAAACACCCUGACCCUCUUCGGGACGACGUGCGGCGCUUUUCUGGUCCCUGUCAUCACAGAGAGGUCUUUUGAAGCCUAUGGAUACAACGGUGUAUUUCUCAUCCUGGGCGGCAUUGCUCUCCACGCCGUGGUUUGCGGUGCUGUCAUCAGACCACCUAGGGAUAUGAACAGAGACAACGUGAGACCCUCCGCCGAAGGAGAAGGAGAAUCAUUGAUAGUAGUCCAACCAGCUGAGCCAACCGAGAUUGAUGUACUAGCUGUAGGUGAGACUUCAACAGCCUUGCCAGAAUUGAACGAGCAAGACUCGAAGUCCAAGAAUGAUACAAUGGCGAGGGCGUCAAGCAGCACAAGUUGGCGGUGCUCAUGUGAUUCAUUUACGGCAACACUGACAUCAUUCAUUUUCUUCCAGGAACCAUAUUACACCCUCAUCGCUCCGGCCAUAUUCUUACUACGUUUUGUGAUGAACGCUUGGAUGCUGUUUCUCGUACCUCACGCAGAAGAAGCGGGAAUUGAACGAUCCAAUGCAGUCUUUCUCUCCACUAUAGCCGGCAUCAGCGGUAUAUUCGGCCGCAUAUUGUACCUAGUCCUCCUACACUUUAAAUGUGACAAUACCAUUAUCUUCUGUUUCACUUGCACAAUCAGUGCAAUCUCGUGUUUUAUUGACUCUGUCAGUUCCACCUACAUUUUCCUAGCAGCAAUGGCACUCAUCCAAGGUACCACCUUCUUCAUUUUAGACUGUCUUCCACACGCGAUGAUGAAGCUAUCUGUUCGAAACGAAGCGAACAUUCCUAGAGCCAUGUCAACAACUCUAUUACUAGUCGGGAUAGCUGUAAUAACAGGAGACGCUUUAUCGGGUUAUAUCUAUGACGUCACAUCGUCGUUUGGCACGGUAUUUGUAGUGUACGGUGCGCUUCUCGUCCUCAUCACGGUCAAUCUGGUGAUCUUUAAGCUGAAUUUUCGACGCUGGUCUCGUGAGUAAAAAUAACUGCCAAACAAUAUGAUGACGUUCCAUUUCGAAAUAUCAGACAUCACUCAGGAAUGGAAUCAUCAGUGGUGGUAUUCAGUGUGAACGCAUUGCGCAGUUAAUUAAUGAAUCAAUCCUGCCAGGUAGCCAUUUAUUACACCUGGGUCUAAAAAGGCAUCUAUAAAUAAAAUACCUUUUAUAAAGACGAUUGCACCAAGCAGUCCUGGCACCAAGCAAGGACUCAAACCCGCACUCUUUCAGCUGAAACUAACUGAACAUAUCUCAGUACAACAAUGCUUCUACAUGUAUAUGCUACAUGUAUAUAUACCUUCAUUAGACACUCUGAUAAAUUGAAAUUUCUAGUUAAACUAUGGUCAUUAUAUUUUAGAAUGACGAACACGACGAACGUACAUGUAUUUCAUUUCUUAAAUUAUUGUACAUUUUUAGUUGAUUUUCUUCUUGGACUAAAUAAAAGAAAAUCCAUGUUAUAUUCCCAUGUAUGUGGAGUUGGUACCUGAUUUUAUGUUACGUGAACGACAAUCUAAAAUUCAUUUUCGUUUUUUUAUAAGGAGAAUAAAGCCUUAUUUUUGUCACUUUCAUUGUUUAGGAUCGCACGAUGAGUUUGGAUCCAAAAGUCGUUUGUUUCUCUCACUUUUAAACAAAAUUAUGUAGUGUACACCAUUUAAUGAUUAUGAUGUGCAAAUAAAGGGAACCGUUUUUUUCUAUCCUCUUUUUAAUCAUAGUUAUACACUAUAUUAAAAUGGAUUCGCUAUGUCACACAAAAAAGCAAUUAUAUUAUGAAAAUUAUGAUUGACAAUUACUGUGGAACGGUAUUGUAUUGAUAAAUAGAUUUUUUUAGAUGAAAAGCAAGAAAACCUUUAUUUAUGGACCUUAGCUAGCGUUCAUUGUAUUAAGUUAUCAAUUUGAUGAUCGUGGCUUAUGAUUUAAUCGACGAAGUAAACUUAAUGUCAGGGUUAUAUGUCAAAACCUUUUAACGAGCAGAGUAGAAGCAAUAUACAAGUUCGUAGUUAGCACAUGGUUUAGAUGACCCCAAAUAUCCACAGACUUUUAAACAUAGAUAAAUCCCACUUUGUGCCUUAUAGAAUAAUCACAGCUAAAGUAAUGGAGGUGAUUCUUCGUUUGCCCUCUUGAACGGAUUACUUUCACCUGUGUUCAAUAAGGGAGUUUACAGAUACAAUCUGCGCAUGGGCAGAUAAAGGUCAUUUGUACCAAAAAGGUAAAAAAAAAACCACAGAGUUGA